AUGGAGUCUCGCAAAGAGGGCGAGCUGCUCCUGCCGGCUGCGGUAGUCGCGGGAAGGACAUGGCAACGCUUUCUGCUGCGGAUGCCGGUGCUGGAUGCUGCAAACACCUCCCCUUUGAUCGAGGAGCUCGGUGGCGACGUGGUGCGGAACCUUUACCGUCGACCGGCGCCGGGCAUUUGGAAGUCGGCCCCGAGGAACUUUUGGCCCUUCGCUGUCUUUUGCAUGUUCAUGUCGGGACUUUGUGUGCCUCCGUUUGCUCGCAUCGCCAAGUUCCAGAAGGACAGCGCUCUUUUUUUCAGCUUUGCUCUGCAGCUGACGGUCGUCAUCAUGUAUCUGCCAAGACUGGGCCUCAUCCUUCGAACACGGAGAGGUCCCUGGCAAACUUACCUGCUCCUGGGGGCGUUUUGGUGUUGCUCGGUGCUUUUGAAAAGCCGAGCCUAUGAAAGUCUUCCCAUAGCUUUCUGCUUCCUAGUUUCCAAUAUCCGGAUGCCACUGGGUCUUGUGCUGAGGGUUUGUUUCUGCGGAAAGCAGUACACCCUUGUGCAAUAUCUGGGAGCCUCGAUGAUUGCGAGCAGCAUCCUUAUUGUGUGCAUAAAAUCCGCAUUGACCGCUGACAUGGAAGUCUUAGUGGAUGGCCUCUGCCGGCUACUGACCGCGACGCUUCUCCAGACGGUCGAGCUGAGACUGAUGCGGAACUUCAUCCAAAGAUAUGGAGGGAGCAUUCAGGAGUACACCUUGUUUACGCACCUAUUUGCGCUGACGAUUCUCUUCCCACCCUUCUGGCAGUCAAUCUCGCAUCACAUCCAUAUCUGCUUAAGUGACAAAGACCACUGGCUCAGCUCAAGGCUAGCAUCAGGUGUUGUGCUCCACUUCUUCGCACGUGGGCUUGCAUCUGCCCUGGCGAGCCGAUCCCCAACAGUGCAGUUGGCGCAGGUGGUGCAGGGCUUUGCAGGUAUGUGCCAAGUUUUCGUUGCUCUGUGGUGCAGCGAAUCUACGCCAGACGCGUUUCUGUACAUUGUGGCAGCAGUGGCGGUUGCAAUUGGCAACUUGCUUUACCUCAGCAAUGUGGAAAACGCAGAAGAGAAUUGCAGCAGCCCGGCUUUGGGAAAAAUGUUGGAGAUGGAGUCGCCAGCUCUGAAGCAGGUUUGGGCGGAGGCAACCCUGGAGGCCAAGCAAGGCAACGAGGAGGCCAUUCGGCGCGAGAACCUGGCUUGGCGCCGCAUCGGCCUCCAAGGCCUGAAACAACGGCGCCGGCAGCAGGCUGGCCUGGUUCGGGAGCUGUCGACUGCCGGCGCAGGUGUUGAAAUUGAAAUCCAGGCGAGCCUGGAGGAUCUUGCUCCUGUGCCCCAGGAACAGCAAAAGCUUCCUUGCCUGAUUGAACGAGCUCUCCACCGGGAGCAGAACGAGAAUGCGCCACCAUACCUGCCCGUCGCCAUCUCGUACAUAGUGGUCGGGACGUCCGUCGUGUGGCCCUACAGCAAGCUCCUCCAGCGCGACCCGAAGAGCGCACUGUGCUUCAACUUCAUUCUACACGUGGUGAUUCUUACUCGCUUUAUACCGCGAGCCUCCUCGCUGUUGAAGCACAGGCAGAUCCCUCUCAGACUCCAUGCUCUGAUGGCAUUUCUCUGGUGCUCCUUCACGGUGCUCAAGUCCGAUGCCUUCUCCAGGCUUCCCACGUCGGUCUGCUUCCUGCUCUCGAACCUGCGAAUGAUGGUGGGCCUGGUCAUCCAGUUCUUGCUAUUCGGGAAGCGCUACUCCUCCUCCCAGGUGCUAGGAGCCGCGAUCGUGACCGUGGGAAUUGCUUGGGCUGGGGAUGCCAUGCAGCAUGCCGCUGCGUCCAAGAAUUCUGGCUCAGGCCUUGCUAACCAUGAUUUCUUUAUUGGUUGUCUCGAGUGCCUCGUCUCCACCACCGCGCUUGCCUUGCAGGGAUGCUCCAUCAAGAUGGCCUUCUCGCGCUAUGGUGAGCACGUGGAGGAACAGGUCUUCUUUACACACCUCUGUGCACUGAUCGUCGUGUUCCCAAGCCAGUGGCACUUGGUGGGCCCGCGCUUGCUUGAAUGGUUCCAGCAGCGCGAUCCGUCCUUGCUGGUGCUGGUCACGUCAGGUGUCUGCCUCAACUUCGCUUCCCGGAAUUUGGGAACAAAGCUGGCCGGCCGUGCUCCGAACCUUCUGGUGCUGCAGCUUGCUCAGACCCUGGACGGAUUCGGUCAACUGCUGGUGGCUGCCUUGGUGCGGGUCCCACCAUGGCCUCCCUCGGGCUUCUGGGGCGGAGCGCUGGUGCUGCUCGUGGGGACCCUGCAGUACCUGAGAGCCUCCGGUGCUGCCACGAAGCAGAAGGACACCAUACCAGCUGAAGUCUGGAAGACGCCGAACUCCCAGGCGGCAUGGUCCCUCGCUACUGUCGCAGCGCGCGGCGGAGGUGCCGACGCCGUGCGCCGCGAGAACCUGAACUGGAGGAUCUUGAAGGGCUACGAGUACUUACAGGCCGUUGUGAUGGUCAUAGCAGGGAAGCAUGAGCUUCUUGAGGAGAAAGAGAGCGACGCAGCUGCGCAUAAGACAAAGAGCACAGACAUGCUCGUCGACCGUGUUUUGAAAGCUUCAUGGUUGCUGAGUGCCGUCGUCGGGCUGGAGACGAGGCUUGAUUGUGAGUUGACAGCAAUUGAGGCUGGCACCUUCCAGUAUAGGUUGAAGAAGCCUUAUAGGAGAGAGCAGACGGCAACAGUUUUGCAAAGCCCGGUCUGUCACUGGAUUCAGAUGCUAGUCACUGUAUGCCGUGCCUUCACUAUAGUUAUCUAUAGGCGAUACUUAGUCGACGUGGAGGCCGACAAUGGUGGGCCUUUGCUGUUUUUCUGCGGCAACGAGGGUGAUGUGGAGGUCUUCGCGAACUUUAGCAAGUUCCUAAACGAGGCUGCAGCCGCUCUGCAGGGUGAGGUGGUUUUUGCAGAGCACCGUUUUUACGGCCAGAGCUUGCCCUUUGGCCUCGACUUCAGCCUGGAUCACAUCCGGUUCCUAACGGUUGAGCAAGCCUUGGCAGACUAUGCUCGUCUCAUCACGUUUCUGACCGCCUCCAGGCAGCGCAAAGUCGUUGCUUUCGGUGGCUCUUAUGGUGGUAUGCUGAGCAGCUGGAUGAGAGCAAAGUACCCAUCGCUUGUGUUCGCUGCUGUCUCCUCCUCCGCACCUUUGCACUUUGACCGAGUGGGCCCAUCCUUCUUCAAACUGGUGACGGAUGCUGCGGAGGAGAUGGACCCCGGCUGUGCUGACAGGGUCCGGAUGGGUUUCGCCGCACUCGAGGCAGCGAGUGCCAGUUCACUGCAGCGUGCUUUUGGGCUCUGCAGCCCACCGUUGGACUUGAACGAGCUGGUUUUAUGGGCACGGAAUGCCUUCGUCACUGUGGCCAUGGGCAACUAUCCCUACGCAGGAGAUCUUUUUGGCAAAGGCUUGCAGGCCUGGCCACUGCGUGCAGCGUGCAGGGAGCUGCAUGGCUUCCACAGAAAGCCGCUGGAGUCCCUGGCGGCUGCUGUGGGUUCCUACUACAACGCUACAGGGGAGGUGCACUGCCACAACAUCAGCCGCCAGUACCGCGACUGCGCUGAUCAGACCGGUUGUGGAACUGCCGAUGCGCCCUGGGGCCGCUCCUGGGACAUCGAAGCGUGCAGGCAGAUCGUGUAUUUUACAUCGACGAACAACGUGACCGACAUGUUCCCACCAAGAGCUUGGGGGUUGGAAGAGCUUUCACAGUACUGCAGCGAUGUUUGGCAAAUACAACCGCUGUCCAACUGGUUCUUGCCCUGGUUGUCAUCUGUGAACAUCAGUAGCCGCAUCAUCUUCACCAAUGGCCUGGUGGAUCCAUGGCGUGGCGGUGGCGUGAUGCAGUCUCUUUCCAGCACGCUGGUCUCGCUGAAGAUCCCCGGAGGGGCCCACAUCUACGACCUUGCAGGACACCACGUGGACGAUGUUCCGGGAGUUCGCUCUGCCAGGCAGAGCGUGCUGACCAUGCUCCGGCUGUGGUUGGGCGUGCCCCACACUGCCGAAUUGGUGGUUUGA